CUCCUCACCAGCGGGAAAACAAAAAACUUCUCUUCUGCCGCCCCCCUCUAUCUCUCUCUUCGUCUACUCUGUUUCAGGUUUGGUGAAGCUUUUAUCUGUUUGAUAGAACUAGGAGCUUCUUGUUGUGCUGAAAUUUCUGAACUUUAGAAAUUUGCAAUUCUGAGCACUUAAGAGGUUGAAAUCCCGCAAAUCGAAAAAUGGAGUCCAACCAAGCUCCUUCUUCAAUGGAAAUUGAAGCAACUCCUUCAGAACCGAAUCUUGCAUCUGGGUCGUUGCUGCCGAAGCCAAAGUUUGAGCCUUUGAAGGCACAUGAGAUGUCUGAUGGUCGAGUUCAGUUUAGAAAGGCCUCUGUCCCCCCACAUCGAUAUUCGCCUCUCAAGAAAGCUUGGAUGGAUAUAUACACUCCUGUAUACGAGCAGAUGAAGAUCGACAUUCGAAUGAAUCUCAAGGCUCGUAAGGUGGAACUAAAGACGAGGCCAGACAUACCCGACGUUAGUAACCUACAGAAGUGUGCUGAUUUUGUCCACACUUUCAUGCUCGGUUUUGAUGUGAUUGAUGCCAUUGCCCUUCUGCGUUUGGACGAGCUCUAUGUCGAGUCUUUCGAGAUAAAGGAUGUUAAAACGCUUUGGGGAGAGCACUUGUCUCGUGCCAUCGGUAGACUUUCUGGUAAAGGUGGUAAGACAAAGUUUGCAAUCGAAAACGCCACAAAGACAAGGAUUGUGAUUGCCGAUACAAAAAUUCACAUAUUGGGGUCUUUUGCAAAUAUUAAGGUCGCAAGAGAUUCCCUUUGCAGUCUUAUUUUAGGUUCACCCGCUGGAAAGGUAUACUCGAAACUAAGAGCAGUUGCUGCUAGACUGGCAGAAAGGUUUUGACCCUUUAUGUUUUAUGUGAGUUUAUAUCAUCCUAAGUUAUGAUUUUUUGACAGUCAAAUGUAAGCUUAGAAUUGCCGGGAACAAGUUCUGAUUUUGCAAAUGAAAUUUUGAGAAUGAUUUGUGUCAAGAAACUGUCGUUUAGAAGGAUAUCUGUCAUCUUUAAUUAACAAAACUUAUAUAGUUGGAAAAAAUAUUCUAGUAGGGGUAAAUAGGGAAAAAAAGUUAAAAAGAAGGACGAGAACUAAAAAUAUAUA